AUGUGGCGAGAGCGCGACCGAACGUUGCGCUGGCUGAUCGUAUGGGGGCUCUUUGCUGGCGCUCAACAACAAGUUCAGCAAGGACAGUCUGGCAAUAUCAAUCAAAAUCUGGGAAAUCCAGAUUCCGGUGUGCUCUUCUCAGGAACCGGUAGCAAUGUCUAUUAUGGAGUGAAUUUGGUGCCAUUCGGUCCCGAAGUUGGUGACCAAGAAGUCAUUCCGGGUAUGCUGACUUCUGGACAAACGAUCGAUCUCCACAUGUAUUUUCCUUUCUAUGGAGGAUUAUAUAAUUAUACCACGAUUUCCGUAAAUGGCUAUAUUGCAUUCGCCGUUGUGCUUGACCAAGGGCCAACUAUCAACAUAGGCCCGGAUGCAACCGACUGGCCGAAGCAUCAGGAUCCUGCCAUGAUUGCUCCUUAUUUAUGUAAACAACAGAUACCUCAAGACAUGAACCCAGGGUUGCGUUCUGGUGUUUUCUUCCGGUUGAUGAUGCGACAGUCACUGUUCGGCCGAGGUUCUGGUAGUAACAUGAACCUUGGUGGCAGCUAUCAGAGCAGUUUUUUUGGGCAGUCGGCAACUCAGGCUUGUCAAGGAACUCAUGGAGGCUACGUACGAUGCGAUCAAAACAGCGAUUAUUUUCUUGAUGAAAUGAUGCGAUGGCUACAAGAAGGAGUCGCCGGCGCGGCUGCGUUCCGAGCUGAUGCCGCUUUGGUCGUCACAUGGUACAACACUGCUUCUGCUAUUUCUGGCAGAAGUGACAUGGACGCUGGACAGCUCGCUACGUAUCAGCUUGUAUGGCUUACCGAUGAGGCUGCUCGUCUUAGUUAUGUGAUUCUAAACUACGAUAAGCUCGGUUUCGAUGCAGCCGACUUCCGCGCCAAUUCUAGGAGUGGCCGAUGUCAGGCAGUGUUCAAUGGAGGAAAUCACACCGGUAUCGUACCUGUUGAUCCAACCCAAGCUUUCAAAAACACUCCCAAAGUCUUGUCCCAACGCUCUGGAGUUCCUCAUAUGGUACGUGGACGCUACAUGUUCAGAGUAGAUGAUGUCGUACGACCCGCUGGUUGCAGUAAUAAGACUGGGGGAACAUGUAUGGAUGGUGGUGCUGCAGUCAGUAUUAGGGUGUGGAACGGUGUGGAUGGCGUUGAUGUAGUUGUAGCAGUGUUUGGUGUGGAUGGCGGUGCUGCAGUCAGUGCUGAGUGUGGGAGUGACCCGAUGUUGAUCUAUCCUAAUAUCGUCAACAUGAUGGGUGAAAUGACUGUGGAUGUGAAUGCCAUCUGUCUAGAUCGCUCUCAAACCUAUAUUCUUAUGAUAGAACAACGACAGACAGCUACGUGUACCGUUCUGAAUCCAUCCAUAGCACGAUGCCAUCUUCCGAAAAUCUACGACUGGGGAACGAAAACAGUCUACUUUCAACCGCAAAGUGGCGGUGCCAACGACGAAAAAGCUUUUGUGGGAUAUAUUUAUUUCGUUCCUCCAACUCUUGAUCCAAUGCGAUUAGAUAUCGGUAACAUCUACGACUGGUUCAAAAAUCCCGUUCCAUACCAGGUGAUGCCACUAACCUGGUACCCACGUAAUUUUACGAAUCCUGACAUUGCCACCCAUAUGGAGUCAGUAAGAUUGAGCGAUGAUGCCAUGUACAGCGUACAGCUGGGACUUUACGUCAUUGGAUACAGGGAGUUCAAGGACGAUGACAUCAAAAAGUUCCGACCUGAACAUCGCGUUCUUUGUCGCCUUGCCACCUAUUCCAACCGAAACACUUAUGAAUAUAGAUGGAAACCACAGGAGGAAAGGAUAAACCUAUAUCAGGUAGAACAGUGGUAUUUGAAUGAUUGGCAACGAACACAUGAGCUGUAUAACUACAGAUUUGGAUACCUGAAGCUAUCUCCGAUAAAGCCAAAUCAACUAGAAAAUCAGCCUCAAACUCUCCUUUCUGGUCUUGUGUCUGCUCCAAUUUCUCUUCACUGGUUAUGGACUACAAAUAACCCAGAGUAUUCUACCACCACAUAUUCUCAAAACGACGAAAGCGCAAGGGUGGAGUUUGUCAAACAAAAAUCGCUGGAAAUGUGCCAUGAUUGGUACAACGAGGACGGUGCUCAGUGGAAUUUCAUUCGUGACACGGAAACGAAUUCUUCAUGUCCAUGCAUAGAGAAACAGGCAAUGGCCGAUUUGGGUCGUUUCAUGCCUCAUCCCAGAUGCUCACAAGCAUUCCGUGAUAUCACUUGUACAUCAGCUAUCGGUGCUAGAAAUUGUUAUAUGUCAGCUCAGAAUAUAUACGGGUCAUAUGCAGGAACAGGACAUGGAUUUGAAAGCGAACAUACAGCGAGAUUCCCCACUCAUUACGGACAAGUAUGCUGUUAUGAUGAUGCUGGCCAUUUGAUGCAGACUAGCUACCAACCGGUCAUAAAAGUCACUCCAGAAGUCCCGUAUAAUCCUGGUUUUCCCAUGCGUGCCUAUGAAUUUGGCACAUCUCCAUAUAUGGGUCAAUAUGAGGUCCCGGGUUUGUCCGCAUUCCACAAUGACUAUAUGCCAUAUUUUUUGUGCUGUAAAUUUGCUGAUUUUCGAUGUCAAAUGUUCUACUGGCGACGACCGUCCAGUGGCUGUCAAGAGUAUCAACCACCUGCAUACGGAGAAGGCAUGGGAGCUGGCACAUUCAACACAAUCGACAAUGAUAAAUUUAUCUUCAAUGAACCUGGAGUAUUCAACAUGCUGUACAUUCCGCAGACACCUACCACUCCAGAAGUUAAAGUUCAAGCAAGAUUGGAGCGAUAUCCAGAUCGACGAGUUGACUUUAGUUUGCUUGGCCACGGAAUGUCCCAGCAGGAUCUGGUGCAACCGACAAAUACCACAGUUAUUACUGGUAUAGCACUUGAGGCCACAGGCACCGAUCGUGUUCAUAUAGUCACAAGAAAAGAUACUAGACGAUUUCGGUACAGAACUAGUAUCAUAGUAGGAAAUAUCAUGAGAUAUUUCGACACAAUGAGGAUUCAGAGGUUCAAGGGAGUGCUAAUCUACGUAAACAACGUUGAGCGAGGACAGCCUGAGAUUUACGUUGUCUUGGAAGAAGCCCAAAUUGGUAUUCGUGUCAGGGAAUCAUACGCCAUCGAUGUUGAUCGCUACUCAAAUUACCAGGAAAGCAUGGGUUUACUGAACGUUGCCAUCAGUGUACCACCCCAAUAUGGAGUACGCCCAGACGGAGACAAAACGAAAGAGGUGGAAAUGCGACAAAGAUACAAUCUGCCACGAGUAGCCGGGUUAAUGAGACCGUUCCCAGAUCAGGCAUCUGCCAGCUUUAUGCAGUCACUAACUUUGAAUGAUGUGAACUCUGAGGGGUACAGACAGCAGAUCAUCAAUAUGUACCGAGUGCAAGGCUCGGGUGAGCCGGGGUCAGACCAAUCACUAUCGUCCGCCAAUCAAGCUGGCAUGCCUACUGAGAAUAUGUUCACCACUAGUAGGGAUGAAGACAAGAAGUUUGAGGUAUUCCCCGAAGCAUCCAUGAAGAGUGGUCCAAUCUACAAAGUGGCACCAAAAUAUGAAGCUGGACGUUACCGAUUCUACCCAAUCACUGGUCAAACUCUAAACCAAAGACUGCAGACUUGUCGCGAUCUUCAGCAACAAAAUAUAAUCAACAUCCAACCUAUGCAGUCCCAACUCACGGAGUCCUAUGGUAUGUCACAAUGUCCUGACAACCCAGCGGCUAUAAUCUCGGAAUGUGGCGAUUCUGUACCGUGCCUCUACGAUUACACUACUCUCAACGCUAAGGUUCUGGGCGUUCGCGUCAAGGAGGAAUGGAACGUGUUUACAACGGAACGGCUUGAUGCUAGCCGAUUUUACAACAGCUGCGGGCCCAUUAACAUCGAAUACCCCGAAUAUUUGAUCAAAACCUCGUCAAUGUACUCCGCUUACAUGCAAGGCGAUGUGGCCAGAUUCGAAUGUGUCCAAUCACACUGGAUCAAAGGUGUUCAUGAGUACAAAUGUGGUAUCGUAGUGGACUAUAAUCGACCAAAUGAAUAUCGCUUUGAAUGGAACAAGGGCGAGCAACCGUGGUGCCGAUCAAGAGAGAAAGAAAAUUUCCUUAUUUGGCUAAGUGCAAUUCUAGGAACUAUUGCUUGUAUCAUGGCAAUCAUCUUCAUUUUCUUAUGUUGUUGGUGCGUAAAACAGCAGAAACGUGAAGAACAGCGAGGACUCUAUGCCACUGGUAAUAGUCGAUCUACCUCCUUUAGCAGGCAAAAAUUUGGAGCUCCGUCGUCAACUGAGACGGAACCGUUGCAAGAAAAGCCGCGAUACGCAGACAUUCUACCUCGAAAUGGUGCUAUGUAUCGAGAACAGUCACCACGAGGGUUUAGAAUGGACGACCGGCCGGGUCUACCGUCCCAUACUUCAACCCCAGAAUCUGCUUUAGUAUCUUCCAGUAAACUACACGGAUUUAACACCUCGGUAUAGGCUGGCCCCACUCCGCACUGCCAUACUACACUCCCAUAAUCUCAACGACUGCUGUUCAUUUGUGCAUUCCCGUUCUAAUCGUUUACCUCAUCAACCGUUUGUGCCUGAUUUCAUAUCUUUUCGAAUGAUUCUUUCGCAUUUUUUCCCUUGUUCUCACAUAUUAUUUCUACUUAUUAUUUAUCACUUUCACUCAUGUACAUUGCCAUGACUGAUGACUUGUUAUUUGAUCUUAUUUUUGACGAACAAUAAA